CCAAAAAACAAAAACGUCAAUAUGGCGUCCAGGAGGACGACAAGCACCAUUCAAAGUUCCUCCGCAGAUGGAAAAAGUUUAAAAAGUGUCAGCGGCGCCCGUAAAACCAACAAGAAUGCAACUGGGAAGAAACCCCUUCGCACUGCCGCCAAAUCAAACGGAGUCCUUGCCCAGUCUCAAUCCUUGCAGGCUGCUGAUGAGAGGACGUCUGUUUCGAAGAGUAACCCACCGAACAGCGAUUCUGCGAGUUUACCACAGAGACUUGCUCCCAAACUCGCCAGUGCCAAUGUAAAAGUGGGCACUCCUCCGCGAUGCUCAAUGGGCCCGCCGGCUUUUGGAACGUUAAAUGGAAGCAUCGUACCAUCUCGAUACAUGCAGGCUGCUGAGAAGUCAUCUCUUUCAAAGAGUAACUCUCUCAGCAAUGUUUCUGGGAGUUUACCACAGAGAUUCUUGUCGCCUAAACCCAGCCAUGCCAAAGUUAGAGUGGGCACCCCUCCACGUUGCUCCAUGGGCUCGCCAGCGUUGGGAACGGCCAAGGUGUCACAUAAAAAUGAGCCUUCACUGUUGGGAAAGACGGUCCUGCAAUCGACCUUCUCUGACGGACACUGCUUUCGGCCUGAUUUUGAUAUGUCAGUCAUUGGAGAUAAAACAGUGCUCGAAAAGACUGCAGAUGCUGAGAGGAACCCAGAAGAUAAGAAGUGGAUCGAGAUGCAAGCGUUGCUGCUGACUUACGUCACAGCGAAGGUGGCGCAUAACACGGACAAGCUGAAGGCCAAGGCGGAGGCGAGGCUUCUGCAUGCCAUGGACCAAGAGGAGGCGCUGCGCAGUGAGGUGAUGGCGAAGAAGCGCCAGUAUCUCCUCAUGGAGAAGCGGAGGCAGGCCAAUGAGCUUCUGGAUUUGCAGAUCUCCACUUUGAUGCCUGCGUUAGAAGCUGCGAAACCGUUCACAGAAGCAUACACAAAUUUGGCCUCAGCUGUGGACACCACCCGACACGAGCUACCUGUCAAGAACUUCCACAUUGGCGGCGACGGCCGGGAAUUUCUCAGUAAAGCAGAGGCUUUUUUGAAGGAGAGUGAGACGCUUCUGAGGGAGUGCACAGCAGGAGAUCACGAGGGCAACCGUGUCGCUCUGGAGUGCCUUAAAGACAUAAAGAGGGCCUCAAAAGAUAUGAGUCAGCAGUUAUGUGGGGUGUCUUCCGAACUACUGGAACUGUCAUCGUUGGUCUCCCGUCACACCGUCCAAGUACAGCAAGCUGUGGAAGAGGAACAACUGGGUCCCGCAAGAGUCAAGGAGCUCUUCUGCCCAAAACGAUAUCUCUGACAGCUUGGGUAUACAUCGUACAUGCACUUUGCAUCGCCAUCUUAGCCCUUUGAUGUCUUACAUGUGCUGAGUUUAUCAUCAUCAGGCUCCAGCACUCCCUUGUAGCGGCUAAGAAAAUGGAUGGAAUUUUGUGUAUGUUGUCUGUGUCUAUUAGUUGUAUGAUUUUUAAAUGUGGAUAAAUAAUAAAG